AUGCGCUCUGAGCGUUGGUGGCUACAGUGGAAGCCGGUGGCACCUUGUCGACGGUGGAAUUGCAAGUGGAUUCGAGGAAAUCUCCGAGAACUUCAGUGUGGUUAUGCUCGUUCCCACAUAUACGCUGGCCGAAACUCUUCCCUGAGUCCACACGCACUGGGUAUGGGCAAAACGUUGUGGAGAUAUUUCAAUGCUCCCGGUAAUGUAAUGUUUGUCACGACGAACAUUGUAACGCUCGCGGGUAUUAUUUGCUACUCGACGCUGACUAGCAUCGGUCGUGAAAAUUCCAUGAAUAUGUGCGACUUAGAGCCUCAAGAUGGAUUGGUGGCUGAAAGUCCAUUGAAGAGAUACAGCGAGGGCGAAAUUAGACUCGGCGACAACAAAUCUCCAGCUUCAAGUAUAGCGCAGCAUGUUAAAAUGUCUCUAUGCCAUCUCUUUUACUCGUACUAUAUGUGUCGAGACGUGGCCAAUGGGCGUCACGGUGACGAUGUUGAAGACGUCUCUGAGUGGAUGAAAGAGGUUCGAGCCAUUCAAAAUGAAAUCCCUACGAUAUCUGACAAGAUGAACGUACCACCAGCGACAUUUUAUCAUGUGUGGAAACAAGAAUUCGUAGCGCUUCUUGGAAAUUUAAAUCGGUCACAGCAAUUUCACAUGCCCGACUGGCGGCAAUACCCAAAAGAUUUACAGGCAGUCUGCUUUUUGAUAUACCACAGUGACUUGCGCACUCUGGGCGAUUUCAUCAAAGUUUACAAUGACGUUCCGUACCGGUCGUUGCGUACGCUUCUUCGCGCGUGGCUUUACGACAACUCGCAUCUAUUCAAAGUGACAAACGACAUCGAUAACGAACAGUUUUAUUCACGCCUACUACGUGCCAGUGUGCCAGACUCCCCGCUAUUCAGCAAAUAUGCAUCCAUCAUUCUCGAUCCAAGUAAUCCACGCCGCAGGGUUUUUUUCAACAAUCGUCUACGAGAAGGUACGCCCACUGCGGCGCUCGGAACCAUCGUUGAAGUGCUCAAUGGCUUGAAGGGGAAUGCGCAGGACGCAUUUUGCACUACGGCACGCAAUGACGCCGUAAUUCGUCUGAUAUCCAUGAUCCGUGCUGACUGUAUUAUGGCGAGAAACAAGCGUGGCAGAAACGAAGUGAGGAUUCUUCUUUUCCAGGGAAGCGUGGACGAAAUCCAACAAAAAAGAGCCUCUUCUGAUGAACGAAAAGCGUGCUACAGACUAGUCAGCGAAGACGCCCGAGUCAUGAGGGUUUUGAACUCCCUCUCUGAACUGAAAAACGAAUAA